AUGUUUUCUGAUCAUUUUAAUUUAGAUUCUGUUGCACAUUCAAACGUGGUGAAAGAUGAACAUUCACCAAAAUUUUUGCCGACUCUCGAAAUUUGGAAGCAUCCUAAUAGCGAAAACUUUUACAAUUGCAUGGGACGAACAAAGAAUGAUAAACGAAAUGGAAGCUCUACAAAUGGCUAUCUUUUGGUUCAUGCCAAUGGAGGAUUAAAUCAAAUGAAAACUGGAAUAAGUGACAUGGUUGCAAUUGCGAAAAUUAUGAAUGCUACUCUUGUUGUGCCUACAUUAGAUCAUAAUUCUUUUUGGACAGAUCCUAGUGAAUUUAAAGACGUUUUUAACUUGAAGAAUUUCAUUGAAGUUUUAAAUGAUGAUGUUCAAAUAGUGGAGUCUUUACCACCAGAAUUAGCAUCAAUUAAACCAGUUCUGAAGGCCCCUGUUUCUUGGUCCAAGGCAAAUUAUUACCAAAGAGACAUGUUACAAUUAUUGUUGAGAAACAAAGUAAUCAAAUUUACUCAUACCGAUUCUCGCCUAGUCAAUAAUGGUCUAGCUAACUCAAUUCAAAAAGUGCGUUGUCGUGCCAUGUAUGAGGCACUUAGGUUCGCAACCCCAAUUGAAGAGCUUGGAAAUAAGUUGGUCAAUAGAAUUAGAACCAACAACACCCCUUACAUCGCCCUCCAUUUAAGAUAUGAAAAGGACAUGCUAGCAUUCACAGGGUGUAGUCACAACCUUACAAAAGCAGAAGCUCAAGAACUAAAACAAAUGAGGUACCAAGUAAAACAUUGGAAAGAAAAAGAUAUUGAUGGAAGAUCAAAGAGAUUAAAGGGUGGCUGCCCUAUGACACCAAGAGAAGUUUCUGUUUUUCUUGAAGCACUUGGUUAUCCUCUUGAUACAAAAAUUUAUGUAGCAGCUGGAGUUAUUUAUGGGUCAGAAGGAAUGAAACCACUUCAAAACAAGUUUCCUAAUUUGUUAUGGCAUUCCUCUUUAGCAACAAAAGAAGAAUUGAAACCCUUUGAAGGACACCAAAAUCAACUUGCUGCUCUUGAUUACUACAUAACUGUUAAAAGUGAUGUUUUUGUUUAUAGUCAUGAUGGGAAUAUGGCUAAAGCUGCUAGAGGUCAUAGAAAAUUUGAAGGAUUCAAAAAGACCAUCAACCCUGAUAAGCAUAGAUUUGUGAAGUUGAUUGAUCAAUUGGACAAUGGUUUAAUUUCUUGGGAGGAUUUUUCAUCAAAGAUUAAGAGCAUACAUUCAAAAAACAUUGGAGCUCCUCAAACUAGAAAAAUCAAACGUCACCCAAAAUUAGAAGAGAGUUUCUAUGCUAACCCUUUUCCUGGUUGCAUUUGUAUAAAACCACAACUUGAAAUGAUGACUGAAGUUACAAGUCAUCAUAAUGACUUCCGAUUAUUUUAG